AUGAUGUUGAAAGAUGAGAAUUUGCUGGAAAAAAGGCCAAACUUGCUACAGCAGAAUUGGCAAAGUUAUCGCAACGUGUGUGUGGUGAGUGACUGCUAUCCACCUAUAGCUAUAGAUAAUGAUAAUCAAACUGGGAAAUCAUUUAUUUCAUACAUUACUGCGAAGGUUUUUUUUUAUUUCCAUCAUGUUCUCCAUAUUAUUGAUGGCAUUCAAGUCACCAUCAGGAAUGUCCAUGUUGUAUAUAGAGAUAUUUCAAAUGACAAGGCACAGACUGUAUUUGGUUUGAAGUUGGCUAGUUUGACUGCAAGGAAGCAAAAUCUUGUUGGGGUAAGUGGAAAGGUGAGAGCUGGCCAAGUAAACAAACUUGUUGAGAUACAAGGUUUGGAAAUCUACUGUAAAACCUUUCAUGGAUCUGCUGAAGAUCUGUAUACCAACAAUGGUGAAGACUCCAUGUCAAUGGUUACUGCAAGCUUUCAAAAUGAUGAACAUGUUCACUUGUUGUCCCCAGUCGAUGUAUCUGCUUCUCUUUCGGUGAACAGGUCUGGAAGGCUCGAGAAUAAUGCUGCACAAUACUCGGUUGAUAUCGAGUUAUCUGGCUUGCCUCUGGAUGAUGAAAUUGUUUUGGAGUUAGACCAAAUGGAGAAAGUAUCUGAUAUAGAAGAUAUCUUGAGUUACAGGUCUGCUGCUGAACAUGAGCUUCAGGAGUUCUUGGUGGAUUCAGCUUCUGGUUUUGGAAAUAGUGAAGCAAAUACUACCAUGGAUGAUGACCAAACAUCUGGCAAACCACAAGGAUGGUUGAAGUGGCUUUCCCGUGGUAUGUUGGGGGCUGGAGGUACAGAUGAUUCCAGCCAGUUUUCUGGUGUUGUUUCAGAUGAAGUAAUUAAGGACAUUUAUGAGGCAACAAAGUUUCAUCCUACACCUUCCCCUGUUCUUGAUGCUGCUAGAAGUGAUAGACUUCUUUUGUCCUUCAUUAAAUGCUCUAUACAUCGAAUUUCUGCAACUCUGCGCAAUAAGGAUCUGGACUGUGCUAUUGGUGAACUGGUUUUUGAGGAGAAUCUUGUGGAAUGCAUGAUUUGGGAGGAAUCUGCUGUUGUUACUGCAUCAAUCAAUGGUGUUGAGAUGAUUAAUUCAUUAAACAAGCAAGUUGUUUUACGUGUGAAAAGGGAGAAUUUUAUUCAAGAGGAGAAGCCGUCUCUAAAUAUCCAAGCUUACAUACCACAAGCAAAUCGUGAGGGUGACUUGACAUUGAAGGUUUUGCUUGAGCCGAUUGAAAUGACAUGUGAUUCAACAUAUCUUGUUAAUUUUGUGGAGUUAUAUACUGUGUUGGCUUCCUUUCAAUGUCAUGAAGGAAGGGUCCUAAACUCGCUUAAUGGGAUAGAAGACAUGAAGUCACGUCUAAUAUCGAAAGCCGAAUACAUGUUGUCAAGUCGGAAGAGAAUGAUGUGGGAUAUUAGUUUAAUAAACAUCAAGAUAAUUAUUCCCUGGGAGAAUGGGAAGUCAGAGAUACAUAAAUUGAUACUUGGAUUAACAGCUGUCACCUUUUCAUCCAAGCAUGAUGUUAGCUGUUUUGCACCAGAUAUCAACGUACCAUCUCAAUUCAUGAGGAAUUUAAUAGAUGACAAUUCUUCAAGUGAGCUUCUAGAAGGAACUCAGAUUCAAUAUAUGUAUGAUCUCUUGGUGUAA